AUGCAGUUUUCCACGUGGGAGCAGCAGCAGAAGGAGCGGAAGCAGCAGCAAGACGCGGCGGCGAGUGCGGCGCAGCGCGCGCUGAAGCAAGCGCAGGAGGAGCUGCUGAUCCCCAAGUACAACGCGCCGGGACACGCGGAGCCGCCGCACCCGACGCAUCAGGCGCCGCCUCACCCGCCGUUCCAGGCGCCGCACCACGCGCCGCAACAGGCGCCGCUCCAGCAGCCCAGUCCGCCGAAAACCUCCGUGCCGGAGGCAAAACUGCUGGAGACGAAAUUGCCGCCCGGAGUACCGAUAUUCGGCAGUAAAGUGGAGCACUCAGGCAUUUCCAGCAACGGCGAUCAUGGCGGCAUGCCUUGGGGCAGGGAAAUUCGCAGGGGCUACGAGGAGUGCGGAAGCGUCGAGAGUGGUGCUGUUGGGUUUGGAGGCGGAGUGGCCCGGUCUGUGAGCCGAGACAGUGCUGAUGGGGGGGGGGCGUGGAGGAGGGAUGGCGGGAGGAGCAACACACCGCCGGUGGAGCAUGGCAUGUGGGGCAGGGAGCAAGGGAGGAGUGGCGGAGAGUGCGGUGGUGUGCGGUUGGGAGACGUGGGGAGGGGUGACAGGGAGUGCAGUGGGGCGUGGAGGAAUAACUGGGAGUGCGACAGCAUGGGGUGGGACCACGGGGAGUCAUACAAUGUGGGCAGCAACGCGAGCAGCGUUGAUAAGAGGGUUGCAAGUAGCAGCCAUGGCCAAUCUUCUUCUCACCAUCAUGCACGCGAUUCGGCAUAUCGUACACACAACGCCCAUCACUACUCUCCUCCUGUCAGCCACGUGUCACAUGGCUAUGCUGACUCAGCAGCCGGAGCAGCAGCAACAGCCUUAAAACCGUCGCCACCUGGCAGCACGGUCGCAUUAUCCGGGGCAUCAGGCCACGUGGCACCAUCCCACGUGGCACCAUCCAACGUGGCAUCAGGCCACGUGGCAUCUAGUGGAGGCUGCAGGGUGUUCUCUCCGGAGCAGCUCAUCGCAGCAACCAAUGGCUUCCACUCCUCCAACCUGCUCGGCGCUGGUGCCUUCGGCCAGGUGUUCAAGGGCAACCUCUUGGGCUGUGACGUGGCAAUAAAGAAACUCCAGGGGAACGGGUGGCAGGGCGAGGAGGAGAACGGCACAGAGGUGCACGCGUGUUUAGUGGCAACCUGCUGGGCUGAGACGUGGCGAUCAAGAAGCUUCAGGGCUGCAGGGUGUUCUCUCCGGAGCAGCUCAUCGCAGCAACCAAUGGCUUCCACUCCUCCAACCUGCUCGGCGCUGGUGCCUUCGGCCAGGUACCAACCUUCAGUGUUCAAGGGCAACCUCUUGGGCUGUGACGUGGCAAUAAAGAAACUCCAGGGGAACGGGUGGCAGGGCGAGGAGGAGAACGGCACAGAGGUAUUCAAGGGGAGUCUGUUAGGCUGCGAGGUGGCAAUCAAGCGGUUGGAGGGCAACGGGUGGCAGGGAGAGGAGGAGUAUGGCACAGAAGUGCACGUGCUGUCGCGCAUGCGCCAUCCUCACAUAGUGCUGCUCAUGGGCCACUGCCCCGCCAUCAACUGCCUCGUCUACGAGUUCCUUCCCGGAGGGGACCUUUCACACCACCUCUGCUCUGCUGCUGCGUCCCACCCUGCGUCUUCUGGUGGUGGCGCUGGUGCUUCUACUGUUGGUGGUGGCGCUGGUGCUUCUACUGUUGGUGGUGGCGCUGGUGCUUCUACUGUUGGUGGUGGCGCUGGUGCUUCUACUGUUGGUGGCGCGGCGACCAGCGCUUUGUCUUCACUCUGCCGCCCGCUCUCCUGGCCGGAUCGGAUCCGAAUCUUAUUCGAGAUCUCCGGCGCGCUGCUCUACCUGCACCAGCACUCGCCCCCGAUCGCCCACCGCGACUUAAAGCCGCAGAACAUCCUCCUUGAUACAAGCCUCCGCGCUAAGCUUGCUGACGUGGGAUUGGCUCGCCUUAUCGACUGCGGAAACGGGGACGAAUACGGAGAAGGAGGAGGGGGGAAUGUGACGGCGAGAGUGAGGGGAACGGUGGGUUAUAUUGACCCGGAGGAGCUGGUUACGUGUGAGGUGUCGGUUCUAGGGGAUGUGUAUGCGUUCGGGGUGGUGAUGCUGCAGAUGCUGAUGGGGGACCCAGUGGUGAAGCAGACUGUGAAGGCAGUGAAUGUGAUUAUAGGGAGGCUGGACGACUCAGGAGGGAAGUGGGAUCGCGGUGCGGCGGCUGAGGUGGCAGCGAUCGCAAUCUGCUGCACCAAUAGGAGGCGAGCGAGCCGACCGGACCUUGAAAGGGAGGUGCAUGAGGUGCUGAUGCAGCUGGCAGAGGAGAGUGCUGGGAGUGUGGAGAGGCAGCAAGAUGCGGCCGACAGUCACCUGCUCUGUCCCCUGUCUAAGAUGCGCAUGAGGGAACCGGUGGUGGCAGCAGAUGGGUACACCUACGAGAGGAAGGAGAUUGAGAAAUGGAUGGAGACCAACAGCAGGUCUCCCAUCACAGGAGAGCCGUUUGAGCAUCCCAUGCUCACUCCCAACAAUGCGAUGAAUGUGAUAAUCCAAUAA